GGCGCCGAAAGGAAUCCCUCAGGGACUGGGAGGGAUAGAGAAAGAGGAAUUAGGUCCCGUUUUAGUUUUUGUGAUUAUAGUCACCACCUAAGGUAAAUGACUACUGCCCUGUGAGAUCAUGGGUGAGGGGCAAGUGAGUGCAGGGAUGGAAGCAUCCGGGGCUGAGUGAGGAAGCAUCUUUGUCCGUGAUGAGCUAUCGGGACACAAUUUGAAACUGGUUUUGUUACCAAGACUUUGACUGGAAUGUCAUGUUGAGAGACACAUGCAUAGACGUGAAUGUCACCAGAAAGCUCUAAGGAAUUAAAAUUGACUUUGGAAGCCAAUGAAAGCCACUUGGAAAAACAGCCUGAUACCUUGCUUGUGGUUCACAGCCAUCUUUCCAGAUCUGUGCCCUUUUCUCAGAAGAGCUAGAAAUGACCAAGUCCCUGGGAUUAGUGUCAUUCAAGGACGUAACUGUAGACUUCAGCAGGGAGGAGUGGCAACAAUUGGACCUCACUCAGAAAAGCCUAUACAGGGAUGUAAUGCUGGAAAACUAUUUCAACUUAAUCUCAGUGGGUUGUGGAGUUCCCAAACCAAAAGUCAUUUUCAACUUGGAGCAAGUAGAAAAGCCAUGUAUGUUAGAUGGUGAAGCCUCAAGUCAGAGCUGUCUAGAUGGGGAUAUUGGUUCUGAAAUUUCACAACAGGGAAUGUCUGAAGAAGUUUCAAUCCAGUUUGAAAGAAUUAAUCUCUUCACAAGAGAAGACCCAUAUUCCAUUUUAGAAGAAUUGUGGCAAGAUGAUGAACAGACAGGGAGAUAUGAGAAAAACCAGAACAAACAUUUAUGUCACAUUGCCUUCGUCAACAAGAAAACACUAGCUAAUGAGAGGGAAUAUACGGACAUUGGGAAAAUAGUUCAUGUAAACACAUACCUUGUUACUUCAAGAAGACUCCAUAACUGUGACUCAUUUGGAGAGAGUUUGAAGCCUAUUGUAAGCUUAUGUAAUUAUAAUAGAAACCAUGCAACAGAAAAUCUUGAUAAGACCAUUGAAUAUGGUAAUAGUUAUACUUAUAUGAAUUCUCAUACAGAAAUGAAUGCUUGUGAAUGUAAUCAGUGUAAGAAACUUCUGAGUCAUAAGCAAGCCCUCAUUCAACAUCAAAAAAUUCGUAUGGGGGAGAACCUCUAUUUAUUUUCUGAUUGUGUGAACACUUUCACCCAGAAGUCACACCUCUUUUCACAUAAUAGUAUUUAUGCUGAAGAGAAACAGCACGAAUGCAGCAAAUAUGAGACAGUCUUCUCUCAGAAGUCCCAACUUGCUAUACCUCAGAAGGUUUACACAGGAGAGAAAACUUAUAUAUGCACAGAGAAUCACUAUAAAUGCAGUGAAUAUGUAAAAGCAUUUAUCCAGAAGUCAGAUCUGUUCAGAUUCCAAGGAAUUCAUUCUGGAGAAAAACUCUAUGAAUACAGUAAAUGUGGAAAAAACAUAUCUCAGAAUUCAAACCUCAAUAUACAUAAAAAAGUUCAUACUGUAGAGAAACACUUUGAGUGUACUGAAUGUGGAAAAGCCUUCACAAGGAAAUCAACACUAAGUAUGCAUCAGAAAAUUCAUACAGGAGAAAAACCAUAUGUAUGUACCGAAUGUGGGAAAGCCUUUAUUCGGAAGUCACAUUUUAUUACACAUGAGAGAAUUCAUACUGGAGAGAAACCCUAUGAGUGCAGUGACUGUGGGAAAGCCUUUAUAAAGAAGUCACAGCUCCAUGUGCAUCAGCGAAUUCACACAGGAGAGAAUCCCUUUCUAUGUUCAGAAUGUGGGAAGGUCUUUACCCACAAGACAAAUCUGAUUAUACACCAGAAAAUUCACACUGGAGAAAGACCCUAUAUCUGUACUGAAUGUGGGAAGGCCUUUACUGACAGGUCAAAUCUCAUUAAGCACCAAAAAAUUCAUACUGGAGAGAAACCCUAUAAAUGCAGUGACUGUGGAAAAUCAUUCACCUGGAAGUCACGGCUCAGGAUACAUCAGAAAUGUCAUACUGGCGAGAGACAUUAUGAGUGCAGUGAAUGUGGGAAAGCAUUCAUUCAGAAGUCAACACUAAGUGUGCACCAGAGAACUCAUAGAGGGGAUAGACCCUAUGUUUGCACUGAAUGUGGGAAGGCCUUCUUUCACAAGUCACAUUUUGUUACACAUGAGAGAAUUCAUACUGGGGAGAAACCUUAUGAAUGCAGUGACUGUGGGAAAUCCUUUACUAAGAAAUCACAGCUCCAUGUACAUCAGCAAAUUCAUACAGGAGAGAAACCCUACAGAUGUGCUGAAUGUGGAAAGGCCUUCACUGACAGAUCAAAUCUCUUUACACACCAGAAAAUUCAUACUGGAGAGAAACCAUAUAAAUGCAGUGACUGUGGAAAAGCCUUCACUCGGAAGUCAGGCCUCCAUAUACACCAGCAAUCUCAUACUGGAGAAAGACAUUAUGAGUGCAGUGAAUGUGGGAAAGCCUUUGCAAGAAAAUCAACACUAAUUAUGCAUCAAAGAAUUCAUACAGGAGAGAAGCCCUAUAUUUGUACUGAAUGUGGGAAGUCCUUCAUCCAGAAGUCCCACUUAAAUCGACAUCGGAGAAUUCAUACUGGAGAGAAACCCUAUGAAUGCAGUGACUGUGGGAAAGCCUUCAUUAAGAAGUCGCAACUCCAUGAACAUCAGCGAAUUCACACAGGAGAGAAACCAUAUAUAUGUGUUGAAUGUGGAAAGGCCUUCACCAUCAGAUCAAAUCUUAUUAAACACCAGAAAGUUCAUAUUAAACAAAAAUCCUAUAAAUGCAGUGACUUUAGGAAAGCCUUCAACUGGAAGCCACAACUCAGUAUACAUCAGAAAUCUGAUACUGGGGAAGUAGAGUGCUCAGUGCCACAGUCAUGGUGUGGGGAUACAAAGUUGUGAGACGCUACAGCUUAACUAAGAAGCAGGAGGUAACCAAAGCCAACUUCCCUCUAUGUACUCAGAAGUACGAAUAUCUGGGUCACAUAGCAGAUGUUUAGUUACACAUAUGGGGAGACACUUUGGAGUAAGUGUUUAAGCAAUGUAUAAUGAUCAUGCUUGGUUAUUUGUCAGAUACUGGGAUUGUCAAGCUCCUGAAAAUAAUAGUAAAUAUGCAAGGAGAUAACUUGGCAAUCUUUUUUGUUUCAUAUUUUGGAUAAGCAGUUUUAUAACUUCAGGGCUGUUGAAUUUGCCCCGAGUAGCAAAAAUAUUUAGUAUUGACCAAAGGAAUUUCUUAGUAAGUAGAAUGCUAAGAAAAGUUUUCAUUGUCUAAGUACCCUAGCGACACUGAAAUUAAGGCAAAAGUAUAUACAAUUCAGAUCUAUAAUGUAGAGAAGCCAGAUUUUUUUGUGAAUAUUAACAUUAAAGACACAAAAGAAGGGACUGUACAUAUUUUUCUUUUCUUUGGGAAAUUACUAUUAUUGUUUAUAGUAUCAGUGUGUAGAAAUUUGGUUAAGAAAAUUUUAAAUAUGCAAUUUGACUUGAGAUUGGCAAAUCAGAACCACAGGCUUACCUGAAUAUUCAUGUGCAUCUUUAGGUAACCAAUAUGUUCCCUCAUUUAUUAAUUCCCUGCCAUGGCAGCAGGUAACUCACACUCAAGAGUAUAAAGUGCUCCAAGCCUAUAUUCCAAGAGUGAUCAGUGAUGUAAACAGCAGCCCCAUAGACUACUUGUCACUUUAGAACUGGCCUUGAGUUCAUGGAACUUAGCCAUAGGUUACAGAUCUAGGUAUCAGCACUUUGGAUUCUCAGCCUUGUCCACAGAAACUCAUUCUUACUGAUUUCUGUUUGAAAAGAGACCAGUUAAGAAAAUGGGUUUUAAAACUUAAGAAUUCUUGCCUUCCAAUUUUGUUAACGAUUUCUCUACGUAUUCAUUAUAUGGUAGGUUACUAUGGGACACAAUUGUCUUGCAAUUGAGCUUGUUCUCUUAGAAGAUAUAACAUAAAUGUACAUUUGUAAGAAUACUCUUCCUAAACCCUCCCAAUCUCUACAAAUUAAUUUAUAUUUUCAAAUUCUUUAUAGAUUUUUUGAUUUUAAUUCUAUUAGAUACUGAAAAAAGUGUCUUAUAAUCUUCCAGAAUAAUUGUGAAUUUGUCUCUUUUAGAGGUAUUAAUUUUGGCUUUAUGUAUUUUGAGUCUGUUUUUACAUACAUUCAAAUUUAGAAUUGUUAUACUCUUCCUGGUUAAUUGUAGCAGUCAUGAAAUGUCCCUUUUUAUCUCUAGUGAUGUUUUUUGUCUUAAAAUUUACUGUGUCAAGUAUUAAUACAAUAUGCAUACUUAUUAAAGGGUAAUAAAAAUUAGUAUUCACACCACUUUCUGAACAAGGUGAGUAGUUAGAACAUUAACUCCAUUUAUAAUCUUGGUUUAUAUGGUAUUGAUGUCGAGUAUUUGAAUUCUGCAUAUAGUUGAUGUAGCCAAUCAUUAAGAGUCAAUAUUCAUGUAAAUUAAUCCACAUAUUUACUUUUUAUUACAUUUUUAUUUCUUCUUGUCCUCUGUUUCUGUCUAGAAUCAUUUUUCUUCUGACUGAAAAACAUUCUUCAGUAUAUUUCUUUUUAAUGUGUGUUUAGUAGUGACAAAUUCUGUUUUUGUUUGGGGAAAAAUGUCUUUAUUUUGCCCUCAUUUUUGAAGGACAUUUGUGUGAGUACAGGUAUCUACAUUGGCAGUUGUUUUCUAUUACUGUGUUUCCCCGAAAAUAAGACCUAGCUGGACAAUCAGCUCUAAUGCGUAUUUUGGAGCAAAAAUUAA